AUAUUUUAAGUAAUGCCGGUAUAGUACUUUUUUGAAAGAUGAUCAAAUUUCUAUACUUGCUUUCAGUAAUAGCAUUUUAUUUAAUAAAAGAUAUCGAAUGUUCGAAUAUAUAUGAUGCACUACGAAAUUACUACGAUAGUGAUAUACACACACAGUUUGAAAAGGAAUGGAAGCAAUAUAGGCAUGCUUUCGAAAACGAAAUCGCAUCGAGUCUGCAGCAAAACUUCGGUUCCAAAGCUCUAAAUAUCUACGAGCCGGAUAGGCAAGAUGCACACUACCUUGCAGGAGGCUUCCAUCUAACAGACGGUGUGGUGAUGGUAUAUUUCUUUGAAAUGGUAUUAAGAGAACUGCCAGGUUUGAUAGGACCGAAGCUGAAUUUAGACCUGCCCUCUAACCACGUGAAGUUGGAGUCGAAAGUAGAUCGCAUGUUUAUUGACACGACAUACUAUGUAGCGAGGAACUCCUCCUCUGUGAUAUACGCCAGUCCAGAUGACCAGAAAGACCUCUCACCCUUCAGCUUACAGCAGGUCGACAAUUUCGGAAGAGUGGCAAUAGUAGUCGAAGACUGCUCAUUAUCCGGUAUUUCGAUAGCAACUAUGAACGGGGACUCUGUCAACAUGGGACACAGCACGUUCAUGCUCAGCAAUUGCCAGUUUACGGUUGAGAUAUCAACACCUAACUCAGGAGCACCGCCAGUGAUUGCGCCAUAUUUCCCUAAGGGGCCAAAGGAAAAGCUGGAAAUUGUAAUUUCGAAGCCCAUUCGCGAGGAAUUGCAUACAAAGCUGCAGGGAGCUAUGUAUAGCUACAUCAACACUACUGUUGUGCUCGGAAGCAAAGUGUCCAAUUUCAGAAAUAGUCAACACCAGCUGUUUAAAAGCUACGCUGAGUUUAUGACGGACUAUGUUGCAAAAGUAAAUCAGAAGACAUUGACAGCGAACAAAGGACACGUCAACCUGGCGAAUUACGAAAUUCUUAUGAACACAGAAACGGACAAGGCAAAAUGGCAGUGCCACAUGGCUCUGAAAGACGUGAUGUUGUACGGACUUGACACAGCUUACGUGGCGCGCUCUGGAGGGCCUUAUAAAGACGGCUCGGAGCCUAAUACCGCGGCUGAUGCAGUUAUCUUCAGUUCCAUACAGAUACAUGGUAAAGUUACCCAUGAAGACGAUGGCAAAGGAAGUACGACGCAUGAUUUUGCUGCCGAACUGACGGACAUCGCUGUGAACAUUAUUAUCGACAUACAGGAAGGACAGACCAAGUUACGAGAUAUUCUUUUGACGGGUUGGAGGUCUUUGGAGUUCUCAAUUACCCCGUGGGAAACACAAUAUACAGAUCGGCACGGAUAUCAAUCGUUGGUGUAUGGUCAUAUGCUGAACGAGAUACCAGUACGAAUUAAAGAUCACUUGACAAGUAUAUUAGGUGCACCCAUCGAUGAAAAUAAGCAAGGCGACGAUGACAACAACUAUGGUGAUGAUGGUGAUGGUGGUGAUGUGGCUGGUAAUGACGAAGAGGGAAGGGAUGAAAAUGGAAGUGUAGAUGACAAUGACGAUUAUGGGGAUAACACUGCUAAAGAAAAGCAAUUGAAUAAUAAAGAUGAAUUCUUUUCUGAUGGUCUUGACGAGAAUUUCUUCUCGGAUGAAGAGUUCUUUUCUGACGAUGUUCUUGAUGAAAAUUUCUUCAGUGACGAUAAUGUACAAAAUGAUUUUUUGUCGGAAUUUGAAACUGAUGGCAAACAAGAUAAUGUUGAAGACGUAGGUGUAGAUGAUAAAGUAUUGGGUGGUGAAAAGCCAAGUGGAAAUGGCGAAGUUAAUAAUGAAGGAGUGGAAGACGAUGACGGAAAACUUAUGGCUGUCAGUGAUGCAGAAAAUGCGGAAGUUUUGAAAGACACAGCAGAUGAUGGAGGUGUAAACGAUGAUGAUGAAGGCGAUGUAGAUACAAAUGCAGAAGCCAAUGUUGGUGUAGAUGAUGACGCAGUAGCGGACAACGAAGGUAACAUUGCAACAUUCAAGAGUGAUGAUAAUGAUGGAAAUGUGGGCAGCCAAGGUAAAUUAGAGAGUGUCAAUACCGUUAGUGAUAGAGAAGAUAUGGCUGACGAUGAUGGGCAGCGUAUUUCAGGCGAUGGAGUAAAUGCGGACGUCUCUGAGGAAACAAAUAUGGGCGUCGACGAUGAUACUAUUGGGUGGCCGGUUCAGGAUGAUGCUGUUGAUGAAGAGGAGUCGGUGAUUUCACAGGAUGGAUUCAAUAAACAAGUCUUGGAUGGUAAAAGUGUCAAAGGAGAUGGCUUCUUAUCUGACGACUUUUUAGAUAAAGAUUUUUUCAGUGACGACAAUUUAAAGGAAGAUUUUAUCUCCGACAUGACAGCAGAAAACAAUGAAGCUCCACUUAAUGAAGCAGUUGAAGACGGAGCUGAAGGUGCAGUUGAAGAUGAGGACAAAGGUGCAGUGGAAGAUGAGGACGAAGGUGCAGUGGAAGAUGGAGACGAAGGUGCAGUUGAAGAUGUGGAAGGUAGACACGAAGAAGCAGUUGAGGACGAUGAUGGAAAACAAAUAAACGAUGAUGUCGCUGUAGAUGAUGAUAAUAUAAAGAAAGAUUUCUUGUCUGACGAACAUAUACAAAAAGAUUUCUUGUCUGACGAACAUAUACAAAAAGAUUUCUUGUCUGAUGACCACAUAGAGGACAACUUUUUUUCUGAUGAUCAGUUAGAAAAGGGGUUUUUUACCGACGACAAUACAAACUCCCAGGGAGAUGUUGCUACUAAUGGCCUUCAGAGUGACAAUGGCGAUGGAGGAGGGAAAGUAUCUGACGAUGCUAUUAAUGAAGACGUAAAUGACAGGGCUGAUAUUAAGGCUAGUUCUGUUGAAGACAAUAAUGGAGAAAUUGCAGACAACGAUCGUGGAAAUAACAAUGAUGAACAGAACGCUGGCGACACAGGUGUAAAAAAGAUGUGGGCUUUCGAUUCUGAGGAGGGUAAGCCCUUUUUAGAUGAAAAUUUCUUUAGUGAUGAUAACAUUGAGAGACGUUCCAUGGCAGAUAAGUCACAAAGAUACGGUGCAAAUAAUCAUACCGACGAUUUACAUGCUGUCACAAUUGAAGGUGAAAAUACUCAAAAAGGUAAUGACUCCUCGGACGAUAUACAGGUUCUGCCAACCAACGUACAUAACACUCGUCGACAGCAAAAUCUGCAUAUGUUAGAAAAUGAGAUUCGUUGAAAUGCUUGCAAUAAAGUAAUGUUUUUU